AUGUCUCCCGCGAUCCCAGCUCCGGCUCCAGCUCUAUACCUGAACCAGGCUCGAAACAGCCCCAGUGUUCAGGAAUGCAUGUCCAUCUACGAUAAGUGGGCUGCAACAUACAACGAUGAGGUGGGAGACGAGGCUCAGAACUACGUGGCUCCUGUUCUUGUUGCUCAGGCUGCUAUCAAGUUCGAGAAGUCGAACGGUGCUGCAAACAGUAUCAUUCUAGAUGCUGGUUGUGGAACUGGUCUGGUGGGUCAGGCUCUGUCUAUUGCUCAACCCAAGGCAAUUGACGGUAUUGAUCUGUCUGUUCCCAUGCUUGCUGUUGCCAGAAACACUGGUGUUUACCGAGAUCUGGACCAGGCAGACCUGAACCAACCUAUCAACAAGCCCGACGGAACAUACGACACUGUUGUAUGCGUUGGUACAUUCACCCUCGGCCAUGUUGGUCCUAACCCUGCUUUGCGAGAACUGCUCCGUGUCACGAGGACACACGGUGUGGUUGUCGCUACGAUUCUUGAUGAGAUUUGGAUCACACACGGCUUCAAGGAAGAGGUUGCGCAGAUGAAGGAAGAGGGAUUGGUGAAUUCAUCUGAGGAGAUGAUAGAUUAUGUAAAAGGACAUGGCGACAAGGCAGUUCUUCUGAUCUUGGAGAAGCUUCCCCAGGCUUGA